CAAGCGUCCACUCGCUUACGCACAACUUCCGCGUCCACUCGUUUCAAACAACUAACAAGUUUUAAACGAGUUUAAACUCAAGCCCUGUUCUUUGAUUUGUUUGUUUAACAGUUAGGGAACUUGUAGCAGCAGCAGUGGACUCUGACUCUCUCUCUCGUCGCCAUCUUCUUCUUGUUGUGGUUAGCUUGAGGCUAGCAAGGGGGGGGGGGGAGCUAGCAUCUGGACUCAGAAGAUGGACAGUGAAAUCCAGAGAGACGGGAGAGUCCUGGAUCUCACCGACGACGCCUGGAGGGAAGACAAGCUGCCGUACGAAGACGUCACCAUCCCCCUGAGUGAGCUUCCUGAAGCUGAGCAGGACAACGGAGGAUCCACGGAGUCGGUGAAAGAGCAGGAGAUGAAGUGGACGGACCUCGCCUUGCAGAGCCUCCACGAGAACACACCGAGCACGGGGAGCUGAGAGACUUCUGACAAGCUGCGGCCGCUUCAACAGAAAUCUCCAAAUCCUCUCGACUGCUGAGACUUCAAUGCAACAGGCCAAAAGUUCUUUAAAGUAAAUGACUCAACUGUCCUUUACUUCCACGUCAUUGUGAAAGCUUCCCCUGCCUUGUUGUCUCCUGAAGGGAAAUGUCCUGUCAUGCUAAAGUCCGUUUUGAAAAUCACAUAA